CCAGCCAAAAUUUUGUCGCUCGUGAUUGUCGUGCUGCGUCAGAGCAAAUCCAUGGGCGGCUCUUCUAAGCGCGAACAGUACUAUUAUUGUUGUUAUUAUUAACGAGUGAAAAUGACCCUCCAUGGCGCCACUCCCACCCUCUCCCUCUUCCUCGUCCAUGGCGCUCUUCUCCGCCUUCCUCGUACUGGUGUCGCUCCCGACCCUAUUGGUGGCGAGAUCCGAGCCCACAUUCUACGACCCAGCUCGCGUUUCCCGCCUCUCAUGGCGCCCCAGGGCUUUUUUGUACAGGGGCUUCGUUUCUCACGAGGAAUGCGACCAUUUGAUCGAGCGAAGGACAAGCUGGAGAAGUCGAUGGUGGCGGACGAUGAGUCUGGGGAUAGCGUUGCGAGCGAUAUUCGGACGAGCUCCGGCAUGUUCUUGGAGAAGCACCAGGAUGAAAUUGUCGCUAGAAUUGAACAAAGAAUUGCUGCUUGGACCUUUCUCCCAGAAGAGAAUGGCGAAGCUAUUCAAAUCCUGCGCUAUGAGAACGGACAGAAGUAUGAUGAACAUUUUGACUAUUUUAACGACAAAAAUAACCAAGCACUAGGAGGGCAUAGAGUUGCUACAGUGCUUAUGUAUUUAUCGGAUGUAAAGAAAGGUGGGGAAACAGUGUUUCCUGAUGCUGAGGGAAAACUUUCUCAACACAAGGAUGAAACAUGGUCUGAGUGUGCAAGAUCUGGUUAUGCAGUGAAACCUAAGAAGGGUGAUGCUUUGCUCUUCUUUAGCCUUCACGUCGAUGGCACUACAGAUCCAAGUAGCCUCCACGCGAGCUGCCCGGUCAUCGAGGGCGAGAAAUGGUCAGCAACAAAAUGGAUUCACGUCCGUUCCUUCGACGAUCCGCCGAGGAGGAUCGCAACCAGGGAAUGCUCGGAUGAGAACGCAUUGUGCCCGAGAUGGGCUGCGACAGGGGAGUGCAUGAAGAAUCCCCUCUACAUGGUGGGCACCGAGGAAGCGCGUGGCUUUUGUCUGAAGAGUUGCGGAAUGUGCGAACCGGAGUAAUCCUUGUAACCGAUUCAUCACUGUCACUGUUUUGAUACACACGGUCUCUCUUUUUAUGUUUUAGUUUAUUUCAGAUUGUUGGGGUAAAAAUAAAUAUAUAAAUAAAUAAAAUAAAAGAUUAUGGUUGAUCCGUAA